AUGUCAUCAGCGAACCUCCCAGUGAUCGUGAUCGUUCCAGGUGCCUUCGGAACCCCUCAAGGCUUCGAGAAAUUGCUCCCGUAUCUGGCCCAAGCCGGAUACGCAACACACCCAGGGUCAUACCCUAGUUGCAAUCCCUCCGACCCGGCCCAAGAGUCCGCUCCUCAGGACAUCGCUUUCCUGCGCGACAACGUAUUACUGCCUCUAUUGAACGAGCAGGGUAAAGAUAUCGUCAUCAUCGCACACUCAUACGGGGGGGUUGUGGCCGGUGGGGCGGCAAGAGGACUUGCGAAGGGGACCAGAACUGCCCAAGGCGGUGCUUACCCUCCUUUUAUCAAAGUCGACAAGGUAUAG